AUGUCGGUGUUCACAUGGCCUACGCGCCCGCCGCCGCGCGCCUCCUUCCCUCCUCUCGCGCCUCCUGGAGCGAAUCUGCCGGCGGCGGGCGGUGGUCGUGUGGCCGGUGGCGCGAGGGCAGAAGACGGGGCCCACCCGCGACCCGUGUCCAGAAGCCGAGCGGCCGAAGGGGAGGAGAAGAGGCAGCCUCUGGACCGUUACUUUCCCCCCGUCCCUCCCCUUGACGGUUUCUUUUCCCCUGCUCUUCCUGUCCAAACAUUUUUAAAUUUCCGCGCCUUCGCCGAUUUUAUUUAUUGGGUUUCCUCCGCGGGCUUUGCCGGCCUUUCCUCCGCGGGCUUCGCCCUUCUGGUGUGUGCGGGACUUUCCCCUCCGCCCCUUGCCCGGCGUGAGCGAGCUGCAGCCCCUUCUUCGAGGCAGGAGAGACCCCCGAGGGAGAGAGGCCGCGCGCCUCGCCUCGCCUCUGGCCUGGCCCACCUGGCUGCGAGGAGCUCCCAGGUCGCCGCUGCAACCUGCUGCCACGCAGGAUCGGGCGAGAGGUUGUUAUUCCCCUCCCGCCCGCCCUCGCUCCGCGCCAAGCCAAGCCAAAGACGCCGGAAACUCUGGAGAAGAAACUCCAUCCCUCCGCCGUUUUCCUUCAGUGAAGAUGCCGUGGAGGAGGCGGUGUGCACUUCUGGGAAGCGGGAGUUGCUCCUCUUCCUCCUGGGAAAGCCAAAACCAACUAUGAGAGAUGCCAGGCAGCGGCGGCGGCGGCGGCAGCCUCUCCUUGCUCGAGGCGGGUUCAUCCCGUGGAGAGAGAAAGGAAGCAGCGUUGUCUUCAGGUUUGCGGCAAGUGAGGUAUUCUUCUGA